CAAGGCUGCAGACGGGGGCUGGGUUUUCACUUGUCGCAGGUGGCAGCAGCGGGCACGCCUGAGAAAUGCCGUAGGAGCGAUAAGCCCGGAGCACCGGAUUCCCUCUGGGACGGUGCAGCCCUGACAGCACGGAAUAAGCGGACAGGCUCCGAGUCGUCAACCCUUUUCAGGAGUAUAAACCCCGCCGAAAGGAGGACAAUCAAAUGCUCUUACGGGAUAUAAAAUUAAGCGAAUACUUAGGUAGGGAUAUAGCCGCUAACUUAAUUCAUAGGCUUGGUGUGUUUAUUUCUUGGAUUCUGGCUUGAGGUGAGAAUAAAGAAUUAAAAGCCUAGCAUAUUUACAUUGAUAGAGAUCUGCGCAUCAGCACUACUCACGCAAGACUGAUAACUUGGUGUUCAAUUACUUAAAAUUAGUAAGGGACAGUCUAUCGGAAUUUAAUUCAAAAGUGACAACACUAAUGUAAACAGAUGAUGGUAAAAUGAAUGUACCUAGAAUGACACUAUAGUCACCAUGAUUAUAAAUUCAAUGUAGCCUUCAAACUAUGAAUUGCGCGAUUCAAAAAGCAUAUGAACAGGACGGCAAUAUAAUAGAUAAACUUGGGAUUUUAGUGAAUAUUUCUUAAGUAAACUGAAGCGAACAGAAGGUUGUUUCAGGUAACAACAUAGCCGUUAUAUUAGAUGGGGAGGGAGGAGCCAGGAACUCGCAGGCUGAGACGCGAUAGAGUUACACCGGGCAGCUCGAUGAAGAAUGGGGAGCAGCGCUCGCUUUCUUUCCCUGACUUCGGAAAAACUCAGGGAGGCGAAUGAUAAAUAGAGAGUGGAGAUCCCUCCUGGGGCAAGGCACCGCACCGCCGCGCUUCGUCCGCGGGGAAAUAUCAGUAAUGCGCGGAAGACUGCUGGACGGAGUAAAGGCGAAAACACGCAGGCGUCUCUGCCUGUUCCCAGGAGUGCUCGCCAGCGGCCGGCCGUAGACCCUGUUCAAGACGGAAGCAAUGAUGCCGCCCCUGAAAGGACCGUUCAGAUAUCAGUUUAAAUUCUCAAAGUGCCAUGUGCCAUUUACCGAAUGCACCAGAGACUGCAGACAAAUGUUAAUUAUUUAUUAAGAAACAGUCAAUACUGGAGCACUCCAGCUUAACAUAGGAAUCUCAUAAUGUUGUUAUUAAUAAGUCAAAGAGCCGUAUAUAUAUAUAUAUAUAUAUAUAUAUACUUUUUUCAGUCUGUGUAAAUAUAUACAACAAUGAAGAUCAUUCACUGGAAAAUACUACUAAAAUAGCAUUUGUUUGAGCAUUUAUUUUAACCGUAGAGCGGAAUAGUAUGCUGAUGUUGCCGGUUUUCAGUUGGGGUCACAUGAGUUCUUUAGUGGUCGGAAUAGCCACUUUCUGAGAGCGUGUCCCCUUUGGUGUGUCACCCCUUAUUAAAAACGAGCCGAAAUAUCGAGCAGUUCGGCCAAACAAACCUCCUGCCCUGUCGAAGCCUGGCAAGCCCUUCGCUACCGCUGGCUCAGAUGACGGACGGGCGUUUUCGGUAACCUGACAGGACGUGACUGACAGAUCCAAGGACUGUGACUGGAGAACUAUCACUGAGUCAGGAGGGAACCCUAAACAGCUGGGAUCACUAAGGGUGCUGUAGAGUGCGGCUGUAGAGAGGGAGAGAAUGUUUCGUCAGGAGUGUAACGGAGCCAGUAGUGACAGCCAGAAAUAAAUACUGUAAAGCCUCAUUACACGGCCCUGGAGGAUUCUGGAUAAACAGAAUCCAUACUGUCUGGCCGAAACACACAUUGAUGAUUUAUUGACCAUGAUUUUACUAAAUUUAGCGUGACUUAAUGGGGGCCUGAGACUAUCUUUUUUUUAUCUUUUUUUAAUUUUCAGAUAAAGCUUCCUUAGAAAUAUAUUUAUUUUGCAUUUGAUGAUUAGCUGGAAUCAGUGCCUGGCUGUAGAUGUGAGCAGGAGCUGCUUCAGCCUCAUCCCUGCCAUGCGGCAUCCUCCUCCACCCCCAGCAGCAUGUGUGCAGUGGUCCUGAUGUAGCAGUCGCGCACCAUGUUGAGGAGGGGACUGGUCACCUGGGUGUCCCGCCUGGCCCUGGCGCUGGUGGUGGUGUGCUGCUGCCUGUCCCUGCUCUACACGCUAGCCUGCAGCCCAUGGUCCGAUGAGCCCCAGGUGCUGCUGCCCCGGUCCAAUGGCCCUACAGGCAAGGAGGGCUUUCAGGCGCUGCUGCAGGAGCGAGAAGAGCAGCACCGCCACUACGUGAACAGCCUGAAGAAGCAGAUCUCCCAGCUGAAGGAGGCGCUACAGGAGCGUAGCGAGCAGCUUAGAAGCAUGCAGGACUCGCGUGAGCGUGCAGCUGGGGCGUCCCCGGUGGGCCUCCUGGACAGCACGUCAGAGUGGAGCCAUGCCGACCUCCAGGAGUUCUUCCGGAGCCAGCUGAACCGGGCCGAGGUCCACCAGGGCACCAGGCUGCCCAGUGAAUACGCCGUGGUACCCUUCGAGAGCUUCUCCCUGCAGAAGGUCUACCAGCUGGAGAUGGGCCUCACCCGGCACCCGGAGGAGAAGCCUGUUCGCAAGGACCGCCGUGAUGAGCUUAGCGAAACCAUAGAGAUGGCUGUGCAGGUCCUGAACUCUCCCAGGGAGGGUGGCAACCUCCUGCAACACAAGGCCUACUCAACAGCAGACUUCGUGGAAGGGAUCUCCCGGACCGAGAAGGACAAGGGCACGCUGUAUGAGUUCACCUUCAGGCGUGACCAGAGCCACGAGUUCAGAAGACUGGUGUUCUUCCGCCCGUUCGGUCCGCUGAUGAAAGUGAAAAAUGAGAUGGUGGACACGGCCUACACGCUUAUCAAUAUCAUCGUGCCGCUGGCCAAGCGGGCAGACAAGUUCCGACAGUUCAUGCACAACUUCAGGGAGGUGUGCAUUCGUCAGGAUGGAAGGGUCCACCUUACCGUGGUGUACUUCGGCAAGGAUCAAGUGAGCGAGGUGAAGGGAAUCCUGGAAAACACAUCCAAGGAGAUCAAUUUCAGGAACUUCACGCUGAUCCAGCUGAAUGAGGAGUUUUCUCGAGGACGUGGCUUGGAUGUUGGCGCUCGGGCAUGGAAGGGGAAUAACAUCCUCCUGUUCUUCUGUGAUGUGGACAUUUAUUUCACGUCAGACUUCCUCAAUUCCUGUAGGCUGAACGCGCAACCCGGGAAAAAGGUUUUCUAUCCAAUUCUAUUCAGCCAGUACAAUCCAGGACUCAUUUAUGGGCAUCAUGAUAAUGUUCCACCUAUAGAACAACAGCUGGUAAUAAAAAAGGACACCGGAUUCUGGAGAGAUUUCGGAUUCGGAAUGACUUGCCAGUAUAGGUCAGAUUUCAUCAAUAUAGGUGGUUUUGACGUGGAUAUCAAGGGCUGGGGUGGCGAGGACGUGCACCUGUACAGGAAGUACCUGCACAGUAACCUGCUGGUGGUGCGUGCCCCCUCACGCAGCCUCUUCCACCUGUGGCACGAGAAGCGCUGCGAAGACGAGCUGCCGCCCGAGCAGUACAAGAUGUGCAUGCAGUCGAAGGCCAUGAACGAGGCCUCCCACAGCCAGCUGGGCAUGCUGUUCUUCCGCCACGAGAUCGAGGCUCACCUGCGCAAGCAGAAGCACAGAGCUGCCGGCAAGAAGCCGUGACAGGCCAGGGCGCAUGGGCACCAAGGAGCGGCAGAAGAGGGCAGGUGAAAUGGUGGAGCAGGCAGAAGAGGGCUGGUGAAAUGGUGGAGCAGGCAGAAGAGGGCAGGUGAAAUGGAGGAGCAGGCAGAGAUUCUCAUUUUUUUAUCCCAGCCCUUGUUCUUGCCAUGGAUCUUUCAAUUAUGAGACUGCAGCUUUAUUAAAUUUUAGAAGAUGCCUGAUGGCUGACUUGACAGAUGGCUGAAGAUAAUAACUUCCUAUGCUGAUAUGAAGCCUCGGAGUUAAAGCCGUUAUUUUAAGUUGACUUUCAAGGCACAAAUUAUCAGGGAUCCCAAUCAUCUCUCUUCCAUUCAUAAUUUCUUGCUAGUUUGUCCUAUUUAUUGAUAAUUGUAUGCAGUUUAUAUUCCCUUCACAGUGGAGGGUGUUACAUAUGCAGUUUGCCAAGAAGCAAUUAGCACAACAAUCCACGUCGUCUUUUUACCCAAAUGCCAUUAUGAACCGAGGGAUAUCUCACUAGGAUCAUUUUUCAUUCACUGCAUUGCCUGGAUAUUGCGGCUUUCCUUAAUGGUUAAUGGGGGUCCUCAUAAAGUCAAAUGGAAUUAAAUUGUCUUUUUGGCUCCUUCAGAUAUAUGCUUUUUAUAAUUCUAAUAUUCUUCUUUGUUUAUAUUUCCGUCAAACGAAAUGUCAACAUCCUAUACGUAUCUUCCAGAAAAGCGGUUGAUGUACUGACUGAUUUAUCGCUGGUCAUUUGAGCUGUUCCUGAGAUUUUUGGUACAGGGUCCUUGCCAGAAAUGUUGGACUUCCUGCCAGAACGUCACCUUGGGCCCUCCCCCAAUUUCACUUACAGUUUUACAUAUUUCAGGGCCCCUGUAAAAUGCUGGGCCCCAAUCGGCCAGGAUAUCCAUGUCUGUCCAGCACUCCUGCUUUGGCAUGACUGCAGUGUGCUGCUUACUCAAACACACGAUGGCUGCAGCAAUCGCAAUGGAUGAGAGUGGCUAUUUGGAACCUUCCAUAAGUGUGACCAUAAGACAUAAAUCCUUAAGGACAGUAUUUUUCUAUGUUUUCUACGAAGUUUUUUGUAUUGCAAAUAUUCUUUACACCUUUGUGUAUUUUCAUGAUGAAUGUACAAAAAAAUCAAGCAACUGGAAUUAUUUUAGUUGGAAAGUUGCUCUGAGCCUCGUCCUUGAUAUGUUUUUCCUUAAUAAUUUUGCAGUAAUUAACUGCGGGCGAAGUCCCACUUGAAAGUUCCAGCUUUCAGAAGUGACUGAUGUGAAUAUUAAUGGAUAUUAUGUGUAAGAGGCCAAAAAGAAUCUACAUUUUUCAGACAUACUAUUUUUUAAGUAAAGAUUAGAUUACAUAUAUAAAUGGCUGGGCAGGUGAGGCUACAGCAUAUUUAUCUCUUUAUUGGAAAAAAAACAGACCCUUUUCUUCUUUGAAAAGACAUAUUUGAAAUUCAUAAAUAUACAUGAAAUGACAUAAUCUUAGCAAGUCUGUUCCAUUAGGUUUGUGUUCACUUGUAGUUCAUUUUGAGUUGGAGUCUUUAAUGUUUCAUGUGUCAGGUUUGUUAUUUAUUCGCUGUUUUUGGCUGCCCGCUUCUGUGAGCUGUAUUGUUUUUCGUUUGAAAUGCCAUUUGAGUAAUGGAUAGCAAUUGGUCAUCAGUUGCCGUUCCAUUCCUCAUUGCUGUGAAGUCAACUGUCACAAAUAAGUUCACGUUCCGUGCUUUCAUAAGAUAAUCAUAGACCAUUUGUAAUGCUGUUAAACACGACUUUUCCAAAAUCUUGGAUGCACCAGUUGUGGCAUUAAUCCCUAUAUUUUUUUCAGAUUUGCAAUUUUAUUUUUAUUUAUUUUGAUUAUAUUAACUGAAAUGAGUAUAGUAUUAAGCUUAAAAAUCACAAUAACCUGACAUUUUUUUAUUAUUAAAUAUAUAUUAAAGUAAUGUGCUGAAA